AUGUCAUUUGGCGCAGACGAUGCUCAGAUAGACGAUGCGGCUGGAGGACCGAGACUGCAUUUUUCGGAUGAUCGCUUCCUACAUCGGGUACUUCUAGAAGCACAGAAGAACGGCAAUGAUGCCAAGAGUGUCUCCAGACUUCAAGAUAUGGGCUUUGGUCCUGAAAUCGCCAAAGUUGCUUUGCACGUGUGUGGCGGCGAUGAGAGAAAGGCCCUGGAGCUUUGUAUGUCAGGCUUGUCUUUCGUUGACGAUACCGUCCUCGAAAAGCGAGCGCCGCCAGCUCCUCUGCGAUGCUACAUUUGUGGACAAAAAUAUUUGACCCACAAGUCUUUAGACAUUCACUUGAAAGCAUGCCGGCGCCGAUUUGAGCUUCGUGAGUCCCAGCGACACCCCUCGGAACGCUGUCGUUUACUGGAUGAAUCCGAAGUUCCUGAGGGUGAGAGUCUAGAGCAUCACUACGAAGUCAUGAGAGGCAUGACCAGCCUGGGAAAACAAUCAGAUGCCCCAGAUGAUGAGGCUUCCUAUCCAGCACCGCAGAUGGCUUCCUAUCCAUCCAAGUUGAUGCCAUGUGAACAUUGCAAGCGCACCUUCCAUCCAGAUCGCUUGGCCACUCAUCAACGGGUUUGUCUUCAACGGCCCCGACUGGAGCACAACGAGCGCAGCGAGAAGGUGGAUCGACGGCCGGAGCGACGUCGCGUGACGCUGGCGGGGCCGCCACCUGCCGCGGUGAACUCCUACACGGCUUUUUGCAAUCAACUGGAGCGUUGUUCCUUCUGUGCUCGCCAGUUCCGCCCCGAUCUCCUCGCCGCGCACCAGCGCAGCUGCAGCGCCGUGCGGCGUGCGUCGCCCGCGGUGAGACCCAAGAGUCGGCCGCGCUCGCCCUCGCCCAGCGCGACCCCAGUCUUUCGCCCUGCCGACCGGCGCAAAUCGUCCUCGUCCUUCCGGUUGAAGUGGACCAGUCCAGCGAUGGGAAAGGCUGCCAGUGCGGUUCCGGGUGAGGCGGUUCCGGGACGGUCUGACGCAGAGAUGGUGAGUACGGGGCUUUUGUUGGAGAGCAAGCUGAUUGCAGAAGCUAAAGAGACGGAUGAGCGAAGGUUGAGAGACGAGCUAGAGGAGAGGAUACCGGAGGCGCACAUCUUGGGAAUUUAUCGUGUGCUGGGAGGACAGGCGAAUGUCUAUGAAGCCUUAAAGUCCACCAUGGCUCAGGGGGCAGGCCCAGACCAGCAGCGCCAGCAGCCGGAAGAACGAGAUCUUUGGCAUGGCACUGCGUGGAGCUUCGUGCCAAAGAUAUUGAAGCAGGGCUUCAAUCGGAGCUUUGCAGGACGGCAUGGCACCUUGUUAGGUCAUGCCACCUACUUCUCCUCAGAUCCACGAUAUUCCAUGCGCUUCUGUGGAAAGAAGGGUGGGGCAGAUGGGACCAAAGUCUUGGUCGUGGCCAGAGUGCUCGUUGGACGCUACUGUAAAGGAUCUCCAACAGAUGUGGAGCCGCCGCUGCUGAACAGCCAGGGAGAUCGAUUUGAUACCACCGUGGACAACGCGGAAGCACCGUCAAUUUUCGCAGUCUUCCGCGAUUUUCAAGCACUCCCCUUGUUUCUCGUUGAGAUUGUUGCUUAA